AUGGCGGCGGCGGUGGCGGACGAGGCGGCGGCGCGCGACGCGCAGCGGCUGCUGGUGCAGUUCCAGGAUGAGGGCGGGCAGCUGCUGGGCUCCCCGUUCGACGUGCCCGUGGACAUCACCCCGGACAAGCUGCAGCUCAUCUGCAACGCGCUGCUGGCCCAGGAGGAUCCCCUGCCACUGGCUUUCUACGUCCACGAUGCCGAGAUCGUGUCCUCGCUGGGGAGGACGCUGGAGUCCCAGGCGGUGGAGACGGAGAAGGUCCUGGACAUUGUGUACCAGCCACAGGCCGUCUUCAAGGUCCGCGCCGUGACCCGCUGCACCAGCUCCCUGGAGGGUCACAGCGAGGCGGUCAUUUCCGUGGCCUUCAGCCCCACAGGAAAGUACCUGGCCAGCGGCUCUGGAGACUCAACCGUGCGCUUCUGGGACCUGAGCACCGAGACCCCGCAUUUCACAUGCCAGGGACACAGACACUGGGUCCUCAGCAUAGCCUGGUCCCCCGACGGCAAGAAGCUGGCCUCGGGCUGCAAGAAUGGCCAGAUUCUCCUGUGGGACCCGGGGACAGGGAAGCAGGUGGGCAGGACCCUCGCCGGCCACAGCAAGUGGAUCACGGGCCUGAGCUGGGAGCCCCUCCACGUGAACCCCGAGUGCCGCUAUGUGGCCAGCAGCUCCAAGGACGGCAGCGUGCGGGUCUGGGACACGACCUCCGGCCGCUGCGAGCGCAUCCUCACGGGGCACACCCAGUCCGUCACCUGCCUCCGCUGGGGAGGCGAUGGGCUCCUCUACUCCGCCUCCCAGGACCGCACCGUCAAAGUCUGGCGGGCUCACGACGGUGUGCUCUGCCGGACUCUGCAAGGCCACGGCCACUGGGUGAACACCAUGGCCCUCAGCACCGACUACGCCCUGCGCACAGGGGCCUUUGAGCCAGCGGAGGCCUCGGUCAACCCCCAAGACCUGCAGGGGUCCUUGCAGGAGCUGAAGGAGAGGGCUCUGAACCGGUACAACGCCGUGCGGGGCCAGGGCCCAGAGAGGCUGGUGUCUGGCUCCGACGACUUCACCUUAUUCCUGUGGUCCCCAGCAGAGGACAAGAAGCCCCUCGCACGGAUGACGGGACACCAGGCCCUCAUCAACCAGGUGCUCUUCUCCCCGGACUCCCGCCUGGUGGCCAGCGCCUCCUUCGACAAGUCCAUCAAGCUGUGGGACGGCAGGACGGGCAGGUACCUGGCUUCCCUGCGUGGCCACGUGGCUGCCGUGUACCAGAUUGCGUGGUCCGCUGACAGCCGGCUCCUGGUCAGUGGCAGCAGUGACAGCACUCUGAAGGUGUGGGACGUGAAGGCGCAGAAGCUGGCCACAGACUUGCCGGGCCACGCGGAUGAGGUGUAUGCUGUCGACUGGAGUCCAGAUGGCCAGAGGGUGGCAAGUGGUGGGAAGGACAAAUGCCUCCGCAUAUGGAGGAGAUGA